AUGUCUCUCUUCGAUUUAAAAGGGAUUGAAAAGCUGGGCACGCUGAAGCUAAACGGUGACAUUGCAGAUGUCUCAGAAGAUACAUUCAACUUGACUAGUAACCUGACUAGCUUGUAUAUCACCAGAAGUUGUAUCGCUUGUGUGAAGAGGACUUGGUUCGUGGGGCUAAACCGGUUAACAGACCUCGACCUCAGCCAAAACGCAAUAUCCAACAUUGAAGACGGCGCGUUUGAACAUGUCCCUAAACUGGAGAUGCUCAGUUUGAACUAUAACAACAUCAAAAGUGUCCGAGCGGCCUGGUUCCGCGGCGCUGACAAGCUGAGGUGGCUGGAAAUAGAAAACAACCCUCUGGUGAAAGUAGGAAACAGAGAGAGUCCUUUCGCUCACUUACCAAAGCUGGCAUGGUUGUUUCUUAGUCAUGGUUUACUUACAGAUAUCCACGUCAAUCACUUUCAAAACCUGACAGCCUUGAAAGAAGUAGAGCUAAGCGACAAUGGCAUUGCGGACCUGCCGAUUGGUGUCUUCCGUGGCACCGGUCUACUGUAUCUAUUUCUGAGCAAAAAUUCUUUGACAAAAAUACGAAAUGGCUAUUUUAUUGGAAUACCGGGUCUGUUACUUAUCGAUUUAUCAAGCAACAAAAUUACACACAUUGAAUACGGCGCAUUCUCUGGACUCCCCAAGUUAUCCGACAUACACCUGAGUGGGAAUAGGCUGACAUUCAUGAGAAAAGACUGGUUCGAAAGGCUAGGAGCUCUAUCAAACAUUUACGCACAGAACAAUGACAUCGUAGCAUUGGAUGGCCUGACGUUUAAAAAACACUUUGGUGUCAAACAUAGGGUUGGAAAACGCCACCUGUCCUAA